AUGCCGACCAAUCACAGUGACACGGCGCUGUUGAACGGCUAUGAUUUACAUGGCCACCCUCUUCCCGCGCCUGGUAAAAAGGUCAAAGGGAAGAAGGCAAUGGACUCCAAUGAGGCGUCGCGCUUGCUUCAGGCACGCAUUUCCCAGCUUGAACAAGAUGCUGCAGGGGAAAAGGACCAGGAACUGGAGAUUGAACGCGAAGUAAAAAAAGCGAACCGCGAUCUCAUGCAGCAAGUUUCGAAGAUGGACGACAUGCAGAAGAUUGACCACCUCACCAAGCGCUCCAGCGAGCUCCUUGCUGAUAUGCGCCGUCUUGACAAGGAAAACCAAAGGAACAGAAAGCGUGGUGACAUCUUGCAAAAGGAGCGCGAUAUCAAUCGAAGCGAGCUGAGCAAAACUGUCGGGCUGAGGGAGAAGCUUGAGAAACUCUGCCGAGAGUUACAGAAAGAUAACAACAAGAUGAAGAACGAAAACAAAGAACUGCAGACUUUCCACAAGCGAACAAGUAUCGCUUGGGAUGAAAAGUACGCAACUUUGCUCUCCAAACUUGAAUGGUAUCAAGAGGAAAAGGACACUCCUAGAAAACAGGUGGUUGACAUGGAGGUGGAUGAAUUGUUCCGAGUCCGGUUCAAAUCUUUCAUUGAGCAGUACGAGCUGCGAGAGCUGCAUUUCCAUUCGUUGAUGCGAACCAAGGAAUUGGAAGUACAGUAUCAUCUCGCCAGAUUCGAACGUGAGAGAAAGAAUGCCGAGGCCGAAUCUACCAAAUCGCGACAUUUGCAAGCUCAGGUGCAGGCUUUUACGAAGACGGAAACCGAGCUACGGAAUCAACUAAAUGUUUAUGUGGACAAGUUUAAACAGGUCGAGGACACUCUGAAUAACAGCAACGACCUUUUUCUAUCGUUCCGAAAGGAAAUGGAAGACAUGUCGAAGAAGGGCAAGCGGUUAGAGAAGGAGAACGAAGCCUUGAAAAGGCAGAAGGAAGCCACCGCUGCUAACAUCAUUCGAAUGGCUGAAGAGCGCCAGGACUGGAAGUCCAAGAUCGACGUCGCUGAGAAGAAGACAGAGAAGUUGAUGAGUAUCAUCCAACAGAUGCAGCAACAGGGCCGAAAGAUUCCACCUGGCGUUAGCGCAGCCGCGGAGAAUGCUUACUCGGCUAGCCAUCAACCUGUGCAUGCUCAUGACGACCACGACGAGUGUUCGGAUGAUGAACGUGGCGACGAGAGCGAGUUUGACGAUGAUACCGAAGAAGAGUCUCAACCUACGGAUGAUGUACCGCGCGUUCCGUAUGGCCCCGAGCGCCCACCGGCUGUACAGCAAGCGACUACGAAUGGGCAUUAG